AUGGCAAAGUUGGUAGUGGCUUGCUUAGUAUUAGGAGUCUUUGUUUGCGCAAACGCCGUACCAUUGGGUUUCGGUAAUAGAGGUGGAGGUUUUGGCGGCGGCGGUGGCGGUGGAUUUGGCGGAGGGGGCGGUGGAUUCGGGGGCGGUGGUGGUUUUGGAGGAGGUGGUGGAGGCGGUGGGGGCGGCGGAUUCGGUGGAGGCCGAGGAGGUGGUUUUGGAGGCGGAUUCGGUGGAGGGCAAGGUGGUGGAAUUGGUGGUGGCUUCGGAGGUAGCCGCGGUUAUGGAGGUCACCCUGGUUAUGGUCAUGGACGUUAG